GAGAGCUGCGCGCAUAGAAGAAGCUCUCAGACCAGUCAGUGUCUUCAUGGAGUUAUGCACCUCUGAUGCGCCGCCAUGGAUUGCAAUUCGCGAUCACAGCUUUUCCUUUUACCUCUUUUACUGACUCUCGUGCUUCCCGCUUUCACCGUCGUCUACCCACCGAAUGAAGUCAACCUGUUAGAUUCUAAAGCAAGCCAAGGAGAGUUAGGAUGGAUUUCCUACCCGUCACAUGGGUGGGAGGAGAUCAGUGGGGUGGAUGAGCACUAUACACCCAUCAGGACUUUCCAGGUGUGCAAUGUGAUGGAGUACAGCCAGAACAAUUGGCUUCGCACCAACUGGAUCCCUCGUCAGUCAGCCCAGAAGAUCUAUGUCGAACUGAAAUUUACACUGAGGGACUGCAACUCCAUCCCAUUAGUACUGGGCACAUGCAAGGAGACCUUCAACCUUCUCUACUUGGAGACGGAUGACGACCAAGGCAGUCACUUCCGAGAACACCAGUUCUCCAAAAUUGACACCAUUGCUGCGGAUGAAAGUUUCACUCAAAUGGACCUUGGCGACCGCAUUCUGAAACUUAACACUGAAGUUCGUGAAGUGGGCCCCAUGACCAAGAAGGGCUUCUACCUGGCAUUCCAGGACGUGGGUGCCUGUGUAGCUUUAGUCUCUGUGAGGGUUUACUUUAAAAAGUGCCCAAACACAGUGAAGAAUCUGGCCUCCUUUCCUGAUACAGUGCCCAUGGACUCCCAGUCACUGGUUGAAGUGAAAGGUUUAUGUGUCAAUAACUCGAAAGAGGAGGAGCCUCCGCGAAUGUACUGCAGCACAGAGGGCGAGUGGCUCGUGCCUAUUGGAAAAUGUCUGUGCAAUCCAGGCUUUGAAGAAAGGAGCAACACCUGUCAAAUGUGCAGGGCUGGCUUUUACAAAUCCACACUUGGAAACGUGGAGUGUUCCAAGUGUCCGCCUCAUAGUUAUGCUCACCAUGAAGGAUCAUUGCAUUGUGGAUGUGAGAAAAACUACUUCCGUGCUGAGGGAGACCCAGCCUCCAUGGCCUGCACACGCCCUCCCUCAGCUCCUCGUAACGUUAUCUCCUCCAUCAACGAGACCUCCGUUAUCCUAGACUGGAGCUGGCCAGAGGACACAGGUGGCCGCAGGGACCUCACCUUUACUGUCCUCUGCAAACGAUGCCGGGCUGGAGCUGCAAACGGAAGCAAUGGUGGCAGCCCCAGAUGUGAACCCUGCCGAAGCAACGUACGCUUUCUUCCAAGAGCCGCAGGCCUCCAAAACACCACUGUGACAGUGGGGGACCUCCUAGCUCACACCAACUACACGUUCGAGAUUGAGGCACAAAAUGGAGUCUCGUCACUGGCGCCCAUGAUGAGGCAGUAUGCUGCUGUCACCAUCACCACCAAUCAAGCCGCUCCCUCUCCAGUAAUAGUGAUCAAAAAGGAGAAGACAUCACGGAAUAGUGUUUCCUUGUCUUGGUUGGAGCCAGAGCGACCGAAUGGUAUUAUCCUUGACUACGAGAUCAAAUACUAUGAAAAGGAGGAGCAGGAGACCAGCUACACAAUCCUUCGGGCCCGGGGUUGUAAUGUGACUCUGAACGGUCUCAAGCCCAACACUGCCUACCUGCUGCAGAUCAGAGCCCGCACAGCAGCUGGAUAUGGAGCCAGCAGCCCCACUUUCCAGUUUGAGACAAGUCCUGACUCAGCCUUCUCCAUCUCAAGUGAGAGUAGCCAGGUUGUUCUAAUCGCCAUUUCGUCAGCAGUGGCCAUCAUCCUGCUCACUGUGCUGCUCUACGUCUUGAUUGGCAGGUUUUGUUGCCACAGCAAAUCCAAACACCCUGAUGAGAAAAGACUGCACUUUGGCAACGGCCACCUGCGUCUGCCAGGUAUUAAGACGUACAUAGACCCCCACACAUAUGAGGACCCAAGCCAGGCUGUGCACGAGUUUGCUAAAGAGCUGGAUGCCUCUUGCAUAGCCAUUGAUAAAGUGGUGGGAGCAGGUGAAUUUGGUGAGGUGUGCAGCGGUCGCCUGAAGCUGCCCAGUAAGAAGGAGAUCUGCGUGGCCAUCAAAACUCUGAAAGGAGGAUACACAGACAAACAGAGGCGGGACUUCCUUUCUGAAGCGUCAAUCAUGGGACAGUUUGACCAUCCCAACAUCAUAAGGCUGGAGGGUGUGGUGACUCGCAGUAAACCUGUUAUGAUUGUCACAGAAUAUAUGGAGAAUGGCUCACUGGACAGCUUUUUAAGGAAACACGACGCCCAGUUCACUGGAAUUCAGUUGGUUGGUAUGCUGCGUGGCAUCGCCUCAGGCAUGAAGUAUCUGUCAGACAUGGGCUACGUUCACAGAGACCUUGCUGCACGAAACAUUUUAGUCAACAGCAACCUGGUGUGUAAAGUGUCAGACUUCGGCUUGUCAAGGGUCCUGGAGGAUGACCCCGAAGCUGCUUACACCACAAGGGGAGGUAAGAUCCCUAUCCGGUGGACAGCUCCAGAGGCAAUUGCUUACAGGAAGUUUACAUCAUCGAGUGAUGCUUGGAGUUAUGGCAUCGUGCUCUGGGAAGUAAUGUCGUAUGGGGAACGGCCUUACUGGGAGAUGUCCAAUCAAGAUGUAAUAAAGGCUGUAGAUGAGGGUUACCGCCUUCCCCCACCCAUGGACUGCCCUGCUACACUUUACCAGCUGAUGCUAGACUGCUGGCAGAAAGAAAGGAACAACCGGCCCAAGUUUGAACAGAUAGUCAGCAUCCUGGACAAACUUAUACGCAACCCCGGUAGUCUGAAAAUUACAGCCAACACCACAUCAAGGCCGGCCAACUUGUUGUUGGAUAGAAGUAGUUCAGAGGUUCCCUCAAUGGGGACGAUGGGUGACUGGAUGGAUGGAAUGAGGACCUUGCCCUGCAAUGAGGCCUUCUCUGGGGUCAGCUACAGCUCCUGUGAUACCCUGGCUAAGGCUUCCACAGAGGAUUUGAAAAAGGUUGGAGUGACAAUUGCAGGACCACAGAAGAAGAUCGUGAGCAGCCUCAAAGCCCUAGAAUCUCACACCAAGAACGUCCCUGUACCUGUUUAAAAGAUGAAGCCAACAGAGGAAAAUCACCAGGAGCAUGGGAGCUAAUUGCUUGCUAAUACACACUGUGUAUACAUAGUGAUGAUGGCAGAUGACUGAUAGGGAAUUAAACAAUUAUGGGCUUUUGUUGAACACAUAAAGUCCUGGCAGAGAAAUGGAAAGAGCCCAGCAUAGCAAACCAGUUAUCUGGCCGACUCUUGAACUCUCCAUUGAUCCAUUCUCAAAUUGAGAUGCCUUACAGACACAUAAAGAGUGGCGGCGGGUUGGGUUUUAAAGAUGCACAUUGUGAACUAACACGGCCGAACAGAAAUGGUCAGGGAAAAAGCCAGGUUGACUGGACUGGGUUGCAAGGGCGAACAAAGGCCAAAGCUGCAGCCCUCGGUACCAGUCAAGGUGGAUGGCAUUUCCCUCCGUUUAUUGCCAGCCUGUGGUGCUUGGUGGCUCCUCCCGUUACACCUGGUCAGCAACAUGUGUCGAGCAAGACGGUUAGCAUAGCAGCAUGGAAUACAGCAGCAGCAGUCGAUCACGUGUGGACCCUUCCUGGACUAAUGAAGAUUUUUUGGGUGUUUUUUGGUUUUUUUUCCCCCCCCCAACUACCUACACAUUAACCCAAUCUGUUCUAAUCUUUAGCAUUCUGUAGGCUUGUCACAUAAAAGCAAUAAUGAUGAUAAUCAGAUAUGAGAUUGCUUUGUUCGGAAGCCAUGACCAUGCUACACUCGCAGUAGAUUGAACAGCAAACUUUGAAGGUAUAGGAGCAAUAACACACUUCACACUCUUUAUUUGACAAAUGUAAGGUAAAUGUGAUACAAGCAGAUAUUGCAACGUUAUAGUGCUGUUUCGACCUUUGUGUGAAAUCUCAGGAUGCACACGUUAUUUGAUCUAUAUUUUCUCUAACAAGUGGAAACGGAUGAAGUGAACAAAGUGAACCGGAGCAGGGAAUUGAGAGUGCACGGUAAGAGAGAUGAGACUGAGAAAUUGUUAAGUUGGAAAUGGGACGUAAAAGCUGAAGCAGUGUUUUUCCACACUUCUCCUUCAGAUAUUCUUAUUGUGGAAUGGAUGUGUUUUCAACUGCAGGUGUAAAUGUACUUAAGUUUAUUUUCCUGGGAAAGAAAAGUUUCAUUCAGCAAUAACACUUAGAUUCUUUCGUCAAUUAAGAUGGGCAUACACUCAAGACACUGAAAAAUUAAGACUUUUUACAACCUGAUUCGUAGUCAGGCAACUUUGAAAGAUGGCACAAUUUAAAGUCCGGUCACAGGAUGAUCUGAUGACUUGUGACAUAAAUAUUUCAGAAAUUUGCACUGUCCUGAUAGUUUUCUUCGACAGUUGAAAUUGUUACAACUAGAUUUCCCAAUCUCUGAAACUCUUUCUUGCUGUGCCGGCACAAAGUAGAUGAACAGUCAUAAACCGUGUCUUAGAAGCAUAAUGAUAAGGGAAGCAACUACUGUUAGCUUUGUUUUUAGCAUUAGCAUUCCCACAGACGUAAAGACGACUCUUCUUCUUGGUUUGUUUUGACACUCUGCAACACUUUAAAAUGCACUCUGCUGACACUUACAGGACUUAAGUGGAACAGCAAUGACCCAAAAGUACCAAUGCAGAAGUUGCAGCCUUUUGUGGAGUUGAACACCAACACUAAAUCGUGCAGAGUAUGCCCAGCUUUGGUCGAGAGCAACACAAAAACCUUUGACAGGGACAUGAGAAUUAUAGUCUGCUAUCCGUAGUCUGAGAACAUGUUUAACAAAAGCCAAGGGAAUACAGGUUUCCUAUUUUCUUGAAUGAACUGUUGAUGGGGUUAAUGCAAAACAUUGAGUGCCUCAUUAUGUUUGGGUUGAAUCAUGUUGGGAUCAUCAUGCAAAAUACUCCUGUUAUGGUUGAACUGAUUUAGCACCAUUACCAUAUACAAAGUGUGAAGUUUUGCUUAAAACUGCUAAUAUGAGAUCAAAAUACAAAAUGUCCAGAAAGGGAUUCCAUGAAUGCACCUUUACAUUUGGAUGGUCCACAGUAUAGAGGUACAUUUGCAUGGAUUCUGGUCCAGUAUUAUGAACUGGUACUACUAUACAUUUGGACAAGAAACAUUCAAGUACAGUACAAGGGUGCACUCCAAAUGCACUUAAUACACAAUGUUUGGGCACUUUCCUUUACGUAGGAAUUUUAUCGGCUUGGCUGGAGAUUAAAUUUACCCAGUGAACAGAGAUGAUGUUGGUGCUUUUGGGAAACCCCAGCUCUGUUCACAGUAUCGGUAUAUCCGGUGUUCUACCUGUGGAUGCUGCUGUUGCUGCUAUGUGAUCUGAUUAGCAUGUACAUAAUGUAAACCAUCAUAACUAUAUAGCAACUAGCCCGACAGAUCCUGCAAUAUGUACAUGCCAUCCUUCUUUGUACAAAUUUUUGUAUGUAUAAAAAGAUUACAAAUUGUGCAACAAUUUUAAUUAAAAAAGAGACAAAAAGCAUCUGUAUUAUACUUUAUCUUGUUUUGAAUUAUAUUUGUCAGCCUGUUUUUAUUUUCUACAAUAAAAACGCAAUUGUGAUUACAUAAUUAUUUAUUUGUUAACAUUACACAGCACAGUGUUUGUUUUGU